UCCAAGAAUCUCCACUCUGCACUGAAAAGCAGGGCUCGCUGAUAACGUUAUUAGAUAAUCUUCUCAGAUAUCACUAUAAAUAAAUACAUAUAAGUCGUACUGUACCUGUUAGUUUGUGCAUUGUGGCCUAGCCAGUUAACCUACAAUUUAGCAGUAAAUGAGUUCGGUGUUUGCCGUCACAAUGGCUGAGUUUGGUUUCAAUAAAGGCCAUCAGAAUGAGGCGAUCAACUACAUGCGCUUUGCACGCUCCAAGAGGGCCAUCAGACUCAAGACCAUUGACUCCUGCUUUGAGGACCUCAAAGACAGCAGGCUAGUGGAUGAGACCUUCACGGUGGACGAGGUGCGGGACAUGCUGGACGGGCUGCAGCUAGUGGUGCGAGGAGAGGUGGAGACAGAGCUCAUCAACACAGCCCACACCAACGUGCUGCUGCUCCGGCAGCUCUUCUCCCAGGCAGAGAAGUUCUACCUCCAUCUGCAGACUGACAUCUCGGAGCUGGAGAACAGAGAGUUGUUAGAGCAAGUGGCGGAGUUUGAGAAGACUGAAUUUAAAAACCUAAAUAAGACUAACCAGGAAAUUAGCAAGCCCAAGUUAGCACCGCUGAAUGAAGGUGGGGGGGUAUCUGAACUUCUCAACAAGGAGAUAUCCAGGCUACAAGAGGAAAACGAUAAGCUCAAAGGCAGGCUCCGGACUUUGGAAACCCAGGCCAUGGGUGUGUUGGAUGAGAAGACCAAGGCAGAGAGGGCUCUCAAAGACCUGCAUAAGGUCCAGGGGGAACAGCAGAUGGCCACCCGUUCUCAGGAGAUCACUAGUCUCGAGGACACGGUGGCAGCACUGCAGGAGGACUACCAGAAGUCCCUGAGUGUCAAUGCUGCUUCCCAGAGAGACCUGCAGGACAACCUGGUCUCUGCCAAACACGACCUGCUCAGGGUACAGGAACAGCUGGCCCUAGCAGAGAAGGAGCUGGAUAGGAAGUUCCAGCAGACGUCUGCCUACCGCAACAUGAAGGAGAUCCUCACCAAGAAGAACGAGCAGAUCAAGGACAUCAGGAAACGCCUUUCAAAAUACGAGUCAGAUGAAUGAACCCUUUGCCUCACACGACAAGACACAAAAUGGAGGUUAAAACGUAUGGCAAGAGGGUGGAAAUGGCCCAAAACCAGGGAUGGUCACGGUGGAGAAGGUUUUGGCCCAUUCAUCGUUUAUUCUACCCCACUGCAGGAGCAGGAGGUUUGGAAUUAAAAGUGGACUUGAGAAUAUCACAGUUCACCAGUAGUUCAGAACCUUCCAGAAGAAUCGUAUCAUCUCGCUGAUCCAGCAGCUUUUGUAGUCAUUAGCUUUAGGAGAGGAUUGUGGGGGAUUAAGGGUGGGGGGCUAAUCGACAGAGCGUCCUAUGGUCAGUCUCACUGGGAGAAUAACCUUGAAUGUCUCUGUCCCUUUGCUUCUCUAUUCUGUCCCAUAUCUAGGAGUUGGAGUCCUAUAUCUAGUAGCUGAAGCUUUGUGUGUGUAGUAGUAGGUUUUCCUCACUGCACUAUGCAAAUACUUUCACAUCCUUGACUCGCUGUCUAAAAAGGAGGCCUUCUGAAUAAGAGAGAUAUGCCUGAAGCUUUGCAGCCAUAUAUAUUUGUCUGAUAGUGAUGGGUAAUUUUUUCCAUGACACCAACUCAUGAAUUAUUGUCCUUUCAAGACAGUAUGUUCUUUUUCAUCUAGUUCUUUGUACAUGUAGCAAAGGCAUGAUGCAACGUCUAUUUAUAUGUAUUCAGAUGGCGUAAUUCAGAGCUCCAUGUUAGUGAAUAGAGUCAUGGCUAAUGGUACAUAUUAGGAAUCAUAGCAUAUAGUAUAACAUUACAAAAUAUCUUGAGGGAAGUUAGUGAGGGAAAUGUUUACAUAGUAUGAUUGACAUAUUUUCUUAAUUUUCUUACCAUUGUAUCCUGUUUUAGCAUAUCAAAUACAG